AUGCCGCCACGUAUCACUCGCCUCAAAUGGCCGCGACUCUUUCCGCCACACGAGCCACUGCCAUUUCUACACCCUCGCUGGUACUCGGUCGAGAGUGCUACUGUCGAAGCCACUGCAUCAGAUACACCGAAAGAUUUACCUGCACUCGAGGAUCAAGAAAAGACGACGCAGAAUGAGCUAGGAGAUACACUACCGGAUUCGCCGAAUGUUCGAUCCAAUGGAGCGCAGGACGAUGGGACCGUCAAACCCAGACGCGUGCCUCAAUCGCUGAAGCGCAAGAUCCAGGUGCGGAAACUGGAAGAAACAAAGCGCAAAGAGCUGCGCGAAAAGAGCUUCUACGCCAAUGACUGGCGCACCCCUUUGAUGCUGCUUCGCAAGCAUACCCCUGAGGGCGAAGAACACCAUGUUAAACACCUCGCACGACUGGAGAUGCCGCAAGGCAUGCGAGGCUUCUACACUGGCAACCUCUACAAUCUCUUUCUGGAUAUUUACCUGCACACUGGAUGCCACGUUCAGGUCUCGCGUGGCGACAACCAUGCAGACGACAAAUUUUCGGCCCUGGAGAUGUCAGGCACCCUGACGAAUAUUAACAUGGCCAGGAGUAUCCUAAACGAGGCCGUCCAGGUCGAGAGCGAUGAUAAUCUGAACGCCAAAGGCACUAUGGGGAGUUACACCACUACCGCUACGCCUGUCGUCAUGGACAGGGUAAUGCCCCGCUCCGUCUGGAGCAUGCCACAUACAGCAGCAAAACAGCUAUCAUACGUGCUCGAGCCGCCUGCCUGGUCAUUUCAAAGCUUUGCUGCCUACGUCGCCGAGCUGAUCAUCUCCACUCCACCUCCUCUUCGACCCUUUGGCCCCGAAAACUCCCCAAGAAACAAGCCACAUAUCGAUCUCGUCACUGACAGGUUAAUGGCCCUUUACACGAACCCGGACUCUAUCCGCUGGGCUUCCAUGCACGCCACAACCCAAACUUUGAAUUACCUUAGGUCGCACGCGAAGAUUCCGCAAGUCCGUCGCGUCCUCGAGCUGAUCGACGCUCAAUCCAAGACAUAUCCUUAUCUGCGCAUGGCACUGUCCAACCCAGCUACCUUCAAUGUACUUCUGAACUCGGCAUCUCAAGCCUUGGAUUUGCAUACUUACAAUUUCCUCCUUCGCAUGAUGACAGACCGUGGUGUCGCCCCCAACACUGAAACAUGGUCUUCUCUGCUGCACUUGGUCCAAAAAGUCAGUCCAAGGAAUGCUAAACACAUCAUUACCACAAUGCGACAACGACAAAUGCUGUCAUCUCCAGUGGCAAAGAUGUCCACCGCAAACGCGACGUCACGAACAGAUGCUUCAGAAUGGCUGCGUAGGGGAGAAUCCAUCUUUGACUUUAUCGCUCACUACGACAAACUCUGGAAAGGCAAGGAAUGGUUGGACACACGUGCCUGCAAUCAAAUCCUUCCUGCACUCAUUGAAGAUGGCAAUCUGGAAGAUACCUUGGCCCUGGUCAAUGAGCUGAAGAGCCGAAACAAGCAACCUAACAUCGUCACCACGAAUAUUCUCGUCGAUGCCGCAGUCUCAUACCGUGAUCUAACAUUUGCACUCAGCGCUCUGGAAAACACCCUCAGAGACACGAUAGAACUGCAUCCUGGCUCAUGCCGUCAUACCUUUGAUAGACUUGGUCAACUCGCUUUCAGAGUGCGUGCGUACAAUACACUGCGAAUACUUUGGACAUAUGCAUGUCUUCACGGCAACGUUUCACGCGACCUUCUUCGGAAAAUGCAAAAGACGCUUAUGGUUUCUUUGCAUGGUAAAAGAGACCCUGAAAAGCCCAUCAAUGAGCAGACUCUGAACGUUGGUCAUACCGUGCAGAGCAAUGUCAGUCGACACGAACGCUUCAAAUCCUUUGCUGCUAUCGUCGCCGUUGGUAUUGAAAAGGGGUUGGAAGGUGUGCGGAGACCAAUAACAUCGGUACCCGACUGUUUCGCAACACUCAAGGCAGCCACACCAUCUCCAAUCGCCGAAUCGCCUUCGAGCGCCGACUCACCAAUUGUCAAUAGGCAUGGCCUCCACCCUGCCCUUGCUGCCGACCUGCUCGCUCGCGAAAGAUUUGUCCCCGACCUUCCCUUCUUGACUGCUUUGCGCGGGGCCAUCAAUAGAGACCUGCUCUGGAAGCAGCAAGGCUAUGACAAAUCUGCUACUCUCGAAUUAUUGCUUGCCGAGGCUGUGGAAAUAAAGGUCAAUAAGAAACGCCAUAUCAUUGUGCAGGAGGUCAUUCAGAAGCACAAGGACAACAUGCUGAAAGAGGCUGAACAGGAAAAGCAAGAGCAGAUGGAGAAAGAGCAAAGAGAGAAGAAGCAAAAGAGGAAGAACAAAAGCAAAAAGUCAUUGGAGAAAGAGCAGAAGACAAAGUUUUAUGCCGAGAGGAUGAAGCUCAGAGAGCAUAGGGAUAGGCUCGAACAGGGAAUGACAAAGCUUAAGUUCCAGAUGGAAAGUUUCAAGAAGGAGAAGGAGAUGUUGAAGGAGAAAAAACAAACAGAGCACGAGCUCAAAAUGAGGGCAGAGGCAAGAGCCAUGGUAGACGCGAUAGCGGAACAGCAAGCGGAGAAGGCAGGAGAAGAGCAACAGUCGCCAGAAAAGGAAAAGAACGUGGAAGUAAAGGCAAAAGCGGAGCAACAAGCCAGAGAAAUGCUCGAGUUGAGAGAUCAGCAAAGAAAGCAGAGACUCGAGGCGCGAGUGCUAGAGGACCAAAGAAUAAAGGAAGAAUCAGAAAAAAGGGAGAAACAGAAGAGAAGGGAGCGGGAACUCGAGAUCAAGGAGAAGAAAGCUAUGAUGGAGUGGCAACGGCUACAUGAAGAGAUGCAGGCGAUGCAGGCGACACUGAACAAGUAG